UAGGCCGCGGAGAGCGAACUAUAUGGAAAAAGAAAAACAAAACAAGCAGCAGCGAGCAGAAGCAGCGGGCGCGAGGCGGCGGCGGUUGGCCCUGUGGAGCCAUGGUGCUGCACGCCACUCUCUCACGCGACGCCGGGAGCCACUCAGAUCUUCCGCAGGACGGCCAGGAGGAAGCCGGGCCGCCGCGCCCGCGGAGGCCGACCGCGUUCUACAGCUCCGUGUUCGCGCAGAUUGAAGAAGUUGGGUGGGGGCGGCUGGCGAGCGCCGCGGGCGACGACGGCGUGUCCUGCCUUGCCUUCCGCGUCGUGGAUGAACAUGGACGGCAACAUUUACUGGAGAUCACACUGCCCAUGAACUACCCAGCAUGUCCUCCUUCAAUCGCAGCGGAUGUUCCUUAUCUCCCUAAAUUACAGUGGUCAAAAAGCUCGAGACUCAAGGAUGUUGUCGGUCAGUUCCAAGAGCACCUGAAGGUAUUGCAAGAUUACUGGUCUACAAUGGAUGACAUCGAUAUGGCCCUUUGGGUUGUUGAUCCGACAAAGCCAGCAUAUGCUAUGUCUCAUCGUCGUAUAGCUUUGGGUGAUGAUUGCUAUAUUUUACUAAAUGUUGAUGCGCAGAAGCCCAGCUCCUUACCAGAGUGCCGCUUCCUGGGCACAGAUGGGAAACUGGAGAGGCUGAUAAAGAAUUGGAGAAAAUAUCGCAAUAGAUGGAGUGCAGACAAAAAGUUCCAUGAAAACCUGGCAACCGUCUUAGAUUUCGCACUGCCGCAACCCCCUUCUAUCAACAUCAAAGAUGAUCAGCAAGCUGAUUGUGGAAUAUGUUAUGCCACACAUCUGCCAACUGAUGAUGAACUUGGGACUCAAAGUGGAUGUGCGACGGACUACACAUGUGAAAACUCCAGCUGUAGCAGAGCUUUCCAUUCUGUAUGUUUGAGAGAUUGGUUGCGAGCAAUUACUACGACGAGGCAGUCAUUCGAUGUUCUGUUCGGGAACUGCCCUUAUUGCAGUGAGGCUGUUGCUGUGAAGAUAACUGACCGCUAACUUGGCCUCAUGUUUGUUUACAAAAUGAGACACCGAGAUUAUCUCAAUGUUAACAAGUGAUUGAUCUGACCGUGACCUAUAUUAUAAAAAAAAACUUGUGUUCGCACUUAA